CUACAACUCCACAACAUAAGUCAAAAUGGUAUGUGUUUAGAGAGAUGAUGGAGGUGUACAUGGUGAUUCUUUCACAGUGGUUUGCAAGGGGUAUGCUUUAUACUGGUCUGUGUAUUUGAUUCGAUCCCCAGAAGAUGUACCAGGAAGAGGAUGAAGAUGAAGAUGAAAAGGUAUUAAAAAGUCGAAGGGAGGCAUGGGAGGAAGUGUAGACACAAAGUGCCUGUGAGGGAAGCAAAGCCAGAGAGGAGAUGGCUGAAUACACCUUGCCGAACAAGAGUGCCAUUUCUGCUUUAUCCAACGAUGUUGUAAACGAUCAAAGUCUCACGAUGGCCUCUUCAGCGGAGAUGCAGAAACAGGUGAAAUAUGAACUCAUGUACACUCCAACACCCUCAUUGUUGCAACAAUACUAACAGUCUUUACAUAGUCUUCCAAGGCUCAGAACCCUAUGCGUGAAUUGAAGAUCGAGAAGCUCGUUCUCAACAUUUGUGUUGGUGAAUCUGGUGACAGAUUGACCAGAGCUUCCAAGGUUUUGGAACAAUUGUCUGGUCAAACCCCAGUUCAAUCCAAGGCUAGAUACACCGUUAGAACCUUUGGUAUCAGAAGAAACGAGAAGAUUGCCGUUCACGUUACCAUCAGAGGUCCAAAGGCUGAGGAGAUCUUGGAGAGAGGUUUGAAGGUCAAGGAGUACCAAUUGAGAGAGAGAAACUUCUCCGAGACUGGUAACUUUGGUUUCGGUAUCCAAGAGCACAUUGACUUGGGUAUCAAGUACGACCCAGCUAUCGGUAUCUACGGUAUGGACUUCUACGUUGUCAUGGGUAGACCAGGUGCUAGAAUCGCCAGAAGAAAGAGAACCCAAUCCGUCAUUGGUAACUCCCACAAGACCACCAAGGAGGACACUGUCCAAUGGUUCAAGCAAAAAUACGAUGCUGAGGUUUUGAACAAAUAAGAGUAAGGGCUUUAAUGUGAUUUGU